AUGUCUAAAGACACAUAUGAUGAUGAGCUGCCGAGCUACGAGGACGUAAUCAAGGAAGAGGAGAGAUUGCAAUCCCAACCGCCACGACCACCAAGACCAGCACCUAGCGCGGCGCAAGGGUCCCAACAAAGACCCCAACAAAGGCCCUCGACCGUGCCAUCAGUACCUUCGUCCCAUACACAUGGUCAGUUCCACUCUUAUGCGCCUUCAAGUUCCCACGCACGCCCUCCACCAAGGCCACAACAGAAUCCAAGCUUGCCCUGGACAUAUCCUCCGCGGUUUUACUGUUCCAAGUGUGGAAAUACUGGUUACAAAAUAAAGAAUGGGCGAUCUUGCAAAUCAUGUUGGAGAAGGUUUGCACCUCAAAAUAACGUUGUUGCCGCACCGACAUAUUACACAAAUUACACAAUGCCCGUAUUCACCAGCUCAUGGCAGGGUAAUAGGCCCUUGUAUGUUCAACCGGGGGACCCUCGCCUCGGAGGCGUACUAUGUGGUGAAUGUAGAGGGUCCGGGCGCACCAGGUUCCUGUUAGAUGAAGAUAUAUGUCCUCUGUGUCAUGGUGUUGGCAGAAUUAUCUCCCAGCCUCAACGCUAUUAG